AUGUUCGCGUAUGGCGACGGCUCUCUCGUCUUUCCGAAUGCCGGCGGCGGUACUCCGAGUCAGGCCGGCGCCCUGCCGGCUGCUCAAGCUACAAAGACAGUCACGUCGCCACCAGUCGCCGCAUAUUCGGCUUCCGGCGCCGCGUAUUAUGCUGACGCGUCGCAGACUGUGGUAGCUGCCGAUCUGGCGGCAUUGACGGAGUCGUUGUGGGCUGAGCUGGCAGCAAUGGACGGCGACUACCGCACUGCCACGUGGCAGGAUCCCGACGCCGCUCCUCCAUGCUGGCAGCUGAUUGACAACGCAAAAUCGCCGCGCCGCCCUGCCAAAGCUCGAGCCGCGACGCUUAUUGAUACACCCUGUCAGCAGGGUUCGGCGAUCGUCGUAUCAGGGUCUCAGCAGAUCGACGCACGGCAGAAUUGUCAUUAUCAGCCAUUCGCCAUGGCCGCUUCACCAGCAGCAGAAGCAGUAGCAGCAACGACUUUCGAGUUACCACGUUCCCAGAAAAACGCGGUGAUCGCCUACGCACAGCAACAGCAUCCCUUUGCCAUGGCCGCUUCACCGGCAGGAGCAGCAGCAACGACCGUGGGAUUUAUCACACCUGCUGCGAUCACACCUGCUGCUGUCACACCCAGUGCUGUCACACCUGUUGCCAUUGCAAAUUCUGCUUUUCUUGCCACUCGGCCUUUUUGCAGCAGCCCCAGCAGCAGACCUGUUGCGGUUCAGAGCGGUGCUAUGCGGCUCCCUGAGAGGCGAGUUGGGUUCGCUACAGUCACUGCUUCUCCUGGGUUUGCUACAGUCGCUGAUUCUCCUGGGUUCGCUACAGUGUGUAACACUCCCGGUUCAGCUGAAGCAGGCUGGCCUGCUGCAGCAUCUGCAUCUGCUCCCUUCCCCUCUCCCAACUCCUCUCCUUCCUCCUCUCCCUUCCCCGGCCCCUUCCCCGUUGCCUCUUCCAACACGACUGCCUCAUUUACCUCCUCCCCCUCGUCCCUUCUCCCUCCUCCUGCCCCACCCCAGGGCUUAAGCCUCCCCCCUCCUUACCCCUGUGCUCUUCCCCCUGAGUUGACUUCAUUGACUCACAAUGCAACCUUUUCCUCACCAGCUCCAUACCCCGUCUUUCCUCUGAAAUCCACCUCCCCACUGCAAGCCGCCACCCCACUCUCACCCACCUUCCCACCACAAUUCAUCCUUCCAUCGCCACUCACUGCCCCACUCUCUACUACCUUGCAAGUGCCGCCGUCGCCGCCACCCCCAGGAUCAAGGGCGCAUGAGCUGGAGGGUCUUUUUGAGGCGCCUAAGAAGCUGCCAGCCGUCCCCGCCCCGUUUUCUGCUGCUCUGCACGUGCCGCUGUCGUCAUCACCGCCAUCGUCAAGGGCACGUGAGCUGGAGGGGAUUUUCGAAGCGCAUCGGAAUCUGCCCCCCACCGCGGCCCCGCUUUCUGCUGCCCUACAAGUGCUGCAGUCACCGUCCCACCCGGGAUCAAGGGCGCAUCAGCAGGAGGCGUUUUUCAAGGCGCCAACCAUUCUUCAUGAACUGCAGGCCACCAGCCAACACUCUGAAGCGCUGCGCAUGCCGCUAUCAUCGUCACCCCUGUCGUCAUCACCGCCGGGAUCCAGGGCGCAUGAGCUGGAGGCGUUCUUCAAACGAAGCCUCAGCCUCGAGACGCCUUGCAGGAGAGAGUUUGACUUGCAGGUGUUCUUAAAACGAAGGCUGAGCGAGUGUAAGGCUCCAGAAAGGGCCGCUGAGCUGGAGGAGUUCUUUAAGGGGAGCAUGACAAUAUCGAAGGGCGAGUGUAUGGAGAUGGACGGUGGAAAUGGCUUUUCCGAAAGGACAUAG